AUGCUAGUCUCAUAUCCUCUCUGCUUUCUUUUUUAACCUGCUAUUAAUUGCUCUUUUACUUUUAAAUUGAAAUCAGAAAUCUAGCAUUUUAUAAUUUCCUAUUAUUACAUAUAUACUCAAUUUAUAUAUCAUUAUAAUCAACCCACCCCCUUCUAUGUUCUCGAAUUUAAAACACCGACAUCUCAUUUUUGCAAUAACAAAUAAAAUAGAGAGAAAUCAACUUAAAUACCAACGUAUUUCGAAAUCUACAAACGCUGGAUAGCUGAAAUGAAGGCAAAGAAAGUCUUAGGUAUAAAGAAAAAAAUCAAAAAAAAAAUUUACAUAAUUUUCAUUAAUGAGGAGUACCUAGGUUCCCCUCAAAAUACAAACUCAUUCUUGCUCAAAAAGCAUUAACCAUUAGAAACUAAUAACGGAGAAGAAGUUUAACCACCAGGGAGCAUGUUAUCAUAUCUAUUAAAUGAAAAGAAGAUUGAUCAUUAAUCCAACAAUCCCAACAAUUUCGAGUCAAUCAAAGACACUAUAGAACUACCCUAACUCCCUAAUAAUUACUACCAAAUUUGA